AUGGACGCUGAGGAGUCGCCAUGGGCCGACUCCCCGCAGACGUCCCAGAAGUCGACUCAGAGCGCUCAGGCGAGCGGCUCCGAGCCCGUCAGCUCGCCUCCGCCUCGGUUGACGCGCGGUCCCCGUCGACUCGUCGCCCAACCCACCCGGCUCCAAGCCGUCGAUGAUCCCCUCGAUCCCCUCGGCGGCGGCGGCGAUGACGAUGCUGCGCGGGAGGUGGCCACCCCACCGGUGCCGCCGCAGAAAGAACAGAUGGUGAUCCGCACGACGAUGCCUUCGUCACCGCCGCAGCCGCAAUCGCGACGGCUGGCGGAUCCUCAUGGCUUCGACGACGAUAUGCUCGACGGGCCCAGGGGACCGCGGGUGCCUCCGCCGGUGGAUGCGGCCAGGCCGAGCAGCAUCAAGAGCAGCACGCAACCGAGCGUCAGCGUCGAGCAGGCGGCGAGGCCGAGCUUCCACAUCACCGUCGGGGACCCCGUCAAGAUUGGGGACCUGACGAGCUCGCACAUCGUCUACUCGGUCCGGACAAGGACGACCUCCCGGGCGUACAAGCAACCCGAGUUUGAGGUCAAACGACGAUACCGCGACUUCCUCUGGCUAUACAACACCCUCCACGGCAACAAUCCCGGAUACAUCGUCCCGCCCCCGCCCGACAAGCAGGCCGUCGGCCGCUUCGACAGCAACUUUGUCGAGGCGCGGAGGUCGGCGCUCGAAAAGAUGCUCAACAAGACGGCCGCACACCCCACGCUGCAGCAGGAUGCCGAUCUCAAGCUUUUCCUCGAAAGCGAGUCCUUCAACGUCGACAUCAAGCACAAGGAGCGCAGGGACCCCCUGCCCGUGGAGAGCAAGGGCGUCUUCGGCUCGCUCGGGCUCAACGUCGGCGGCGGCAGCAAGUUUGUCGAGCAGGACGACUGGUUCCACGAUCGCAAGCUCUACCUCGACGCCCUGGAGAACCAGCUUCGCGGCCUUCUCAAGGCCAUGGAGACCAUGGUCGGCCAGCGCAAGAUGAUGGCCGAAGCCGCCGGCGAAUUCUCCGCCUCCCUCCACGCCCUGUCCACCGUCGAAAUCUCCCCCACCCUGUCCGGUCCCCUCGACGCCCUCUCCGACCUCCAGCUCACCAUCCGCGACGUCUACGACCGCCAGGCGCAGCAGGACGUGCUGACGUUUGGCAUCAUCAUCGAGGAGUACAUCCGACUCAUCGCCUCGGUCAAGCAAGCCUUCUCCCAGCGCCAGAAGGGCUUCUACGCCUGGCACUUGGCCGAGUCGGAGCUGCAGAAGAAGAAGAACACGCAGGACAAGCUCCUCCGCCAGGGUAGGAGCCAGCAGGAUCGCCUAAACCAGAUGGAUAUGGAGGUGGCCGACACGGAGAAAAAGGUCCACCAGGCAAGAUUGCUCUUCGAAGACAUGGGCCGGUCGCUGAGGCUCGAGAUUGAACGGUUCGAGAAGGAAAAGGUCGAGGACUUUAAGAGCGGCGUCGAGACCUUUCUUGAGAGUGCGGUCGAGGCACAAAAGGAGGCAAGUACCUCGCACACACACAUACUCACCCAUUCCGACCAUGGCCGCCGGCAGGUCAAAGGGGUGCAUGGCCAACUGGAUGCUAACGUGCUGCAGCUGAUCGAGAAGUGGGAGACGUUCCUCAUGCAAUUGGAUGCCGAGGACGACGAAUCGGUCUUCUACCGGCCACCCGUCUUCCAGCAGCAGCCCAAGCAUCCGGGGAACACGGCGAUUGAUCGCGCCCGGGCAACAAUGGACGACGAUUCGGACUAG